AUGGGUGCGUGUCGUCAACCGGUCGACGAACAUGCGUUGUUGCGCUUCUGUCGAUCGAGCGUGCGCGACUUUCCUCGCGAGUGCGUCUCGAUCGAUGUCGAACAGUUUGGUCACGGGCAGAGCAACCCGACGUACAAGGUCGUCGCUCUCAACGCGCGAAAGGUUCCGUGCGCGACGUACGUACUCCGCAAGAAACCGCCGGGGACGCUGUUAAAGUCUGCGCACGCGGUCGAGCGCGAAUACGCCGUGAUCGCGGCGUUGCAGAGGACGAACGUGCCGGUGCCGCGCGCGUUGGCGCUGUGCGAGGACGCGGGCGUUCUGGGCGAGGCGUUUUAUAUCAUGUCGCACGUCGACGGAGAGAUUCAUCUUCGACCUGGAAUGGAAAAGUGCGGGGCGGGUCGACGCGGAGCGACGUAUCGAGCGAUGGCGCAGACCUUGGGGGCUUUGCACUCGGUGAAGCCCGGAGACGUCGGGUUGGAAAAUUUUGGCAGAGCCGAGCGGUACAGCGAGCGGCAGCUCGAGCGAUGGGCAAAGCAGUACGAGGCUAGCGUUGGACCGGGAGUGGGGGUGGAGCCAGAGCGAUCGGUGAUCGAUCUCAUCGCUUGGUUAAGAGCGAACGUGCCAAAGAGUGAGAUUUCUGCGCGCUUGGUGCACGGCGAUUUCCGACUUGAUAAUUUGGUCCUUUCGCGGGCUCGAGGCUCGGAUGACGCGAACGUCAAGGUUCUGGCCGUGUUAGAUUGGGAGUUGAGUACGAUCGGCGCGCCGUACGCGGACGUUGCGUUCAAUUGUUUGCCUUAUUAUUUGCCGGCGGGAAUCGAGCUAUAUCCGACGCUCAAUCCCGAGGCCUUGCCGGAUGGGAUACCGAAUGAGAGAGACUACGUCGACAUGUGGGCUCGCGCGAGCGGUCUACCGGAUCCCCUUAGAUCACGUGAUUCCGCGACAUGGCCGUUUUACAUCGCUCUGUCGCUGUUUCGUGGCGCCGCAAUUCUCGCCGGAGUGAGAGCGCGAGCGAUGCAAGGCAACGCUUCCAGCGCCAACGCGCACGACAUGGGUAAACUCGUGGACGUGUUUGCCAAACGUGCGCUCGUUGUGGUGAAGGGGGUGUCUGUUCCGCGAGGCGUGAGCGAACUCGUCCGGGUCGAUCGUUCGAGUAUCAUCGGAACGAUUGGAUUCGAGCCGAGCUCGAAAGCGGCGGUGCUCUUGAACAAGCUCAAGCAUUUCAUGCACGCGCACAUCUACAAGGCUGAGGAAGGUUUAGAAGCGCAUGCGAUUACGUCGCAUCGAUGGAGUGUUUCGCCAAUCGUCGAAUCGUUGAAGGAUUCUGCUAAGCGCGCAGGUUUGUGGAACCUGUGGCUUCCACUAGACAGCGCCGCGCUGUUGAAAAUUAGACCUCACUCCGGAGAAGAUCCAGCCUUAUUCGCUGGUCCUGGAUUGACGAAUCUCGAGUACGCCCAUCUUGCCGAAGUCAUGGGUCGCAGCGUGUGGGCCAGCGAGGCCUUCAACUGCUCGGCGCCGGAUACUGGCAACAUGGAGGUUCUGCUUCGUUACGGAACAGCGGCGCAGCAGGAGAGAUGGUUGCGACCGUUACUCACGGGAGAGAUCAGAUCGUGCUUCGCGAUGACCGAACCUGCGGUGGCCAGCUCGGAUGCGACGAACAUCGAAAGCGCCAUCGUGCGCGAUGGGGAUGAUUAUUUGUUGAAUGGACGAAAAUGGUGGACCUCGGGCGCGUGCGAUCCGAGGUGCAAAGUUAUCAUCUUCAUGGGUAAAACCGCACGAGAUGACUCUGGUGUGGCGAAGCACAAGCAACAGAGCAUGGUUUUAUGUCCUAUGAACGCACGAGGUGUAACUGUCGUCCGCCCGUUGACGGUUUUCGGUUAUGAUGAUGCCCCGCACGGGCACGCUGAGGUGACUUUCACCGACGUGCGAGUCAAUGCGGCGGAGAGCAUCCUUCUCGGUGAGGGCCGAGGAUUCGAGAUCGCGCAGGGACGACUCGGUCCAGGACGUUUACAUCACUGCAUGCGAUUGAUAGGUAUGGGCGAACGCGCGUUGGAGCUCGCGAGCGACAGGGCGAAAUCGCGCGUGGCUUUCGGAGCCCCUCUCGCUCGAAACGGCAACGUCCUCCAGCGACUCGGCCAAUCGCGAGUGACGCUCGACGGCGCUCGCCUGCUCACGCUUCAGGCGGCGCACUCGCUCGAUGUUGACGGCAUCAAAGUCGCAAGAGGCGCCGUCGCCGCGUGCAAGGUUGCCGCGCCAGCUGCGGCGCUCGCCGUUAUCGACACCGCCAUCCAAAUUCACGGCGGCGGCGGCGUGAGCCAAGACACGCCGCUCGCUCGCCUCUACGCCGGCGCGCGCACGCUUCGACUGGCCGACGGCCCGGACGAGGUGCACUUAGAAACCAUAGCGAAGAUGGAGUUUCGUCGAUCGAAACUUUAA